UCAGUUUUCAAAUAUAGAAUCACGCGCGUAUAUCACCCGUUUCAUAACCCACUCUGUUCUAUUCUGUUUUGUUCAAAAGUCUAAUAUUCGUUGCGUUUGAGGAACGUUGUAUGAAUCAUUCAAGACAUCGAUGGUAUCGAUGUUAGGAAUUUUUCCAAUCUAAAUAAUCAGUUAUACUAGUCGUACAACUUUAAAAAUUCCAUGUACGGUAAAAGUUUAAACGAAAGUGGACAAGUCGUUCCAUUAUAAGUAAUGACGGUCGUCUUCAGUUUAGUUUUCCGGCUGGUUUAAAUAGAUUAUGAAAAAAGCUCUCCUUCUAUAUACUUGCACCUCUCACUGCCAUUUUCGCUCUGCUUCAUCUUUUUUUAAUUUAAUUUAAUUUAAUUUAUUUUCAUUUUAAAUAGGAUUUGAUAAUAUUUAUGUUUCGGACUGGAUAAAUGAUCGUGUACUUAAAUUUCCUCCUAACUCAAAUUCAUCUGCAAAUAGCAUCAUGGUGGCUGGAACCGGUGUGGCAGGUUCAUCCCUCAAUCAAUUAAACACACCUUGGAAUAUCUAUGUCGAUGAAUCUGAUAACGAUGCAUUGUAUGUUGCAGAUUAUGGGAAUCAUCGUGUGAUGAAAUGGCCUCCAAACGCUACAAAUGGCACAGUCGUUGCGGGAGGUAACUUCGCUGGCUCGCUAUACACGCAAUUGAGUCAUCCACAAGGUGUUUUUGUCGACUCAUCUGGAACGGUCUACGUUGCUGAUUAUGACAACCAUAGAAUAAUGAAAUGGCUGAAAAAUGCAAAUAAUGGAACGCUAGUGGCAGGCAUUUCGGGCUCUCCUGGAACCACGGCGACGCAAUUGAACAAUCCGUCCGGAGUCCGAUUCGACAAGAAUGGAGAUAUGUACGUCUCCGAGUAUUCGAAUAAUCGCGUUCAACGAUUCACGAUUAAUAACACGUCUUGUUAA